AUGGCGUCCUGGAAUUCGACCGUCGUGUUUCCCAACCAGACAUCUACCACAACCUACCUCGGUGUACUCGACGAUGUGAACAAGUACAAUGUCCAACUCAACGCCAUUGAGCGCUUAUGGGCGGCGUGGUACCUGUGGAUGCAGAACGACAUCCUCGCCACUGGCAUCAUGACCUUUGUCAUGCACGAAGUCGUCUACUUUGGUCGCAGUCUGCCAUGGAUCAUUAUUGACGCCAUUCCCUACUUCCGCAGGUGGAAGAUUCAACAGCAAAAAAUCCCAACUUGGAGGGAGCAAUUUGAAUGCGGCGCUCUAGUUCUCUUCAGUCACUUCACCGUCGAGCUCCCGCAAAUUUGGCUCUUCCAUCCCAUCGCCACCUGGUGCGGCCUUGACUACGGCGUGCCCUUCCCCGCCUGGUGGAAGAUGGCCUACCAGAUUGCAAUCUUCUUCGUCCUCGAGGACACUUGGCACUACUGGAUGCACCGCGGCGCCCACUGGCCUCCCCUGUACAAGGCCGUCCACAAGAUGCACCACUACUACUCGGCCCCCUUUGGCAUGACGGCCGAGUACGCCUCUCCGAUUGAGGUCAUGUUCCUUGGUCUCGGCACAGUUGGUUCCCCUGUUCUAUGGGUCCUCAUCACAAAGGACCUGCACCUCUUCACCAUGUACAUGUGGAUCGUCCUCCGCCUGUUCCAAGCCAUCGACUCGCAUUCCGGUUACGACUUCCCCUGGUCUCUGAGGCACUUCCUCCCCUUCUGGGCCGGCGCCGAGCACCACGACGUGCACCACGAGAAAUUCAUCGGCAACUACGCGUCUAGCUUCCGGUGGUGGGACUACCUCAUGGAUACCGAGGCCGGCGCGGAAGCCCACCAGCGCAGACGGGAGAAGAAGUUGGACAAGGCUAAGAAGGCGCAGUAG